CAACAACAACACGGAGUGUCAUGCUGGACAGAGCAGCAUGAAGUCAGUCUGAACAGCUCCGCUUGUUGUUGCUGGAUAGUUGUCGAAAGUGUGACAAAAGCAAUGACGGCCAUAGCGGUAUGUGUAUAAAACGGCUUCGCUUUUAAAACUAUCGGACAGCGAACUGAGAUACGGAACAGCUGGAUGAAGGAGCGUCCACAGGAUGGCAGGAGUGUUUGACAUAGACUUGGAGACUGAGGACAUCAGUGAUAUAGAGGAUGAUGUCUGUGACUUCACUGUGACAGAACCAGAGAAUGUUCAGACGGAGGAGGUGGAGUUGACCAGUGAAAGUGUCAACAGAGACAGUGAGAGAGUAGGACCUGACUGCUUUGAGCUUCUUACUGUGCUGGGAAAGGGAGCGUAUGGCAAGGUUUUCCAGGUGAGAAAGGUUCAGGGUGGUCAGACGGGGAAAAUAUUUGCCAUGAAGGUCCUGAAAAAGGCUAAGAUAGUGUGUAAUGCUAAAGACACGGCACACACACGAGCCGAGCGGGAGAUCCUGGAGACAGUGAGACACCCGUUCAUCGUGGAUCUGCUCUACGCCUUUCAGACUGGGGGAAAACUCUACCUCAUACUGGAGUGUCUCAGUGGAGGGGAAUUGUUCAUGCAGCUAGAGAAAGAAGGCAUCUUCAUGGAGGACACUGCUUGUUUCUACCUUGGAGAGAUCACAUUGGCCCUAGGUCACCUCCAUUCCAACGGGAUUAUUUACAGAGACCUCAAACCUGAAAACAUCAUGCUUAGCCACCAAGGACACAUCAAACUAACUGACUUUGGCCUCUGCAAGGAAUCAAUUCACGAUGGAACUGUGACACACACCUUUUGUGGCACCAUCGAGUACAUGGCUCCAGAAAUCCUGACCAGGUCAGGUCACAACAGAGCAGUAGACUGGUGGAGCCUGGGGGCCCUGAUGUACGAUAUGAUGACUGGAUCACCUCCAUUCACGGCUGAAAACAGGAAGAAGACCAUUGAUAAGAUAUUGAAGUGUAAACUCAAUCUGCCCCCAUACCUGACCAUUGAUGCCAGGGACCUCAUCAAGAAGCUGUUGAAGAAGAAUCCAGCCCAAAGACUUGGCUCCAGUAAAGCUGACUGUGCUGAUAUCCAGAAACAUCCGUUCUUCAGGCACAUCAACUGGGAUGACCUGCUGAACAAGAGACUGGAGCCGCCAUACAAGCCACAGCUGCAUUCGGACGAAGAUGUGAGCCAGUUUGACACCAGAUUUACAAGACAGACACCAGUGGACAGUCCAGACGAUACAUCACUCAGCCACAGUGCAGAGCUCGCUUUUGCUGGUUUCACCUACGUUGCUCCAUCGGUCCUAGAAAGUCUAAAGGAAGGCUUUUCAUUCGAACCACGAACACGACCUGUACGCCGACACAACAGCAGCCCACGCACACCCAUCAGUCCUCUGAAAUUUUCCCCAGCUGGACCCUUCAAGUCCAGCAUCGAUGGAGAACCAGACCUUUUCUCUCCAACCAUUUCACCAGCAGCUCCAGUUCCAGUACCACUGGAAAACGGAGCUGCCAGUCAGCCAAUCAGGACGCCUGCAAGGAACAAGAAGCAGAAAGGACAUCGGAGAUGAGCUGGGAAAGAGCCAGCCAACGCUCCAAGACCUUGGUCAGAUUCACAUUUUAUAGUAUACAAUCAGCAUUGACGCACAGAGCUAAAGUGUUUUGUUUUUGCUAGUAUCAUGCAUUUCUGAAAUGCUUUAAUAAAUACAGUAGUACAUGGGGCUUACGGUUCAGGACUUUCUGUUUGCCGUGUUAACUACCUACAGGUAGAUCACUCGACACCAGUUCACUGAAUCCACAUGGAGUUUUCUUGCUUUAACUUUGUGAAGACAGAUAGAAAAAUUUUAAUUUAUCUGGAAUGGUCAUUGUAUUGUGUAAAGCUUUAAGUUUCAGCUUGCAUAUGUCUGCACUUGUAUUUCACACCGUGGCACUUAAUAUAUAGGAAAUAAUGACUUGCAUAACACUAUUUUCUACAAAGUGCUAGAAAGAGGGCAACAGAACCAUUGUUUUUUCUCCGCCAAUCAUUGGUAACAGUGGUUCAUUUUGCAUGUACAUAUUAGGACAAUUACAGCAGAGAAAAGCUGUGAUGUCAAGUGUUUUGUUUCAUCAGUUCAACAGCUUUUGAUGAGUUCAUCAGAGUUUGUGCAAAGGAGGUCAGCUAUCACAGGCUUAAGUGUUAAUUGGAGAACUGAUGAAGGACCACUUGAUUGAAGACCUGAUUCUUUUCCAUUAAGGUGGAACUGUGAAACUGGCCUUCAGCUGUCAGGAUAUCAUGUAACUUUUCUCCACAAGCUUAAAGUAGGCAAAUGUUUUCAGAAGUGCAUCAUAUAGAAGUCAACUGAGUGAAAUACUACAUUGCACACAGAAGAUAAUGUAUUUGGUAAUGCCAGAUUUGAUCUUUAGUGAUCACUUCUGACUGAAAAUAUGUUGACAUUCAUCAGUGUUUGUCAUUUCUCUGAGGUUUUUUAACAGAGCCUUUGUGUCUACUGCCAAAGCUUUAACACAUCUUAUCCUCAUAUUGUACAAACGGACCAAUCACACUUCAAUAGAGUGCACUUGACAAGAGGGACAUACUGUAUUUAUUUAUUUGGGUGAAUCUUCAUGAAAAUAUUGUAUGGUCUAUGGUCUAAACACAUACAUUCAUAUAAUUAAUACAAUGUAAAGUCAAAGUCGGCUGUUAAAAGUGGUGCUCCUGCAAAAUAAAUUGUAAUCUUGUAUGAAAAGAAUAUUUUGGGUUACAGAACAAAGCUAUUUUCACAAAUGAAACCUAGGUCAAAUAGUAUUUUAGAAAAAUAAUGACAAUCCGAGACAUUUUUGAAGUGUCAUUGCCUAACAUAUCCUGUAAGGGGUGAUGCUGGCUUAAGUUACUGCAGGAACAAUCUGCUAAACACUAAUACAGGACUCGGAUGGAUCACAGAAAUGCUUUGAGGUUCAUUUGAUGCCAAAAUUCUUUCAGAUUUUCAUUUUUUUUCUUAGAAUAAAUUACUCAUUGACCAAAUCCUGGCCCAUGUCACUAUAUCUGUUAUUACCUUGCAUAAAAAUAAAACUUUGAAGUAUGCAUGAUUAAGGCACUAAAACACAGGCAGCUCUCUAAGGCAGCAGAGACAAAAUGACCUUAAGCAGGGAUUGUAAGUGUAAAUUUUAUACAAUCUUUUCCCUGAAUACAGUGAUGCAUAUAUGUAUGUAUGCACAAUUAGAGGUGAUGGAGUGGACAAGUAUUGUUAGGAGUAAUAAUGGGGUAAAAUGGGAAAGUUGCUGUAGUAGAAACACCCACAAACUGAUGCAACUAACAUAGCUGGCUAAAUUACCCAUUUGCUUCAAUACCCCAAAAUGUUGCCUGUCUGUCAUCGCUUUUACUGGAGAGUAAAGAAUCUAUUUUAUCAAGUGUUCAAAAUUACAUCAAUAAAAAAUGAAAUAAAUAAGCAUAUGCAUUUAUGGAAAGUAGGAAACCAUAAACUCAUGAAAUAAUCCAAUAAACCUUUGGCUAAGAUAGCAGCAUGAUUCUAGGGACGGUGUCAUAUCUGUUGAUUGUCCAUUCACCACUUUUCACCACUGAGAGGAUGAACCGUAAUGAUUUUUGUGAUCCCCGACUUCUCCCAAGUGCCACCAACAACUUAGUUAUCACCCGUCCAGGGACAUAUCGCAACAUCUGCUUGAUGAAUUGCAGGAUAGCAUUUGUGGUUUUGAGUGAAAUGUCAGGACAACUAGUGGAUGGAUUUCCAUGAAAUCUAUGAAAUAUGCACAUUCAUGUCCUCAACAGAAUAAGCACAGUUUAAUGAUCCAAUACGAUUUCAUCUGGCGCCAUCUUCAGGUCAAAUGUUACUUCGAUUACAUAGGAGUAGUACAUACUAUAGUUUUAGCUGUAAAAGUAAUCAUGUUCCCAUCAGCCUGCGCUGCACUGUUUUUUGUGUAAAAUUAUCAAAUGUUAGCAUGCUAACAUGCUAAGCUAAGAUGGCAAACAUGAUAAGCAUAGCCUACCUGCCAAACAUCAGCAUGUUAGCAGUGUCAUUGUGAGCAUGCUGACUUGCUGCUUUGAGUACUGCUGUGCUGAAGUAAAGCUUCAGCAAGCUGCUAGCAUGGCUGCAGACUCGUGUUAGCUCACAUCUGUAUUCAUUGGCUGUGUGCUCUUUCAGACAGAUGAAAUGUGUUGUGGAGGAAAACAGACUUAAGAAGAAAGACAUUUUGAAAUAGAAACUGCUGGAAUUAAGUAAAAUGACCAGCAAAACACUUCAUAAUAACAAUCUUAAUUUUUAAGCAUUUAUUAAGUGAGUCAGAUUAUUAUAUAACAUUUUUUUUCAUAUGAUUAUUUCAUAAAAUCUCAUUUAUUUAAUAUUAAACAUAUUGUGUCUCCAAAAAAAUCAAGCUGCCUAAAUCAUGUUUUCCUGCUCCUGUUUGCAGGACUCUUCUGCUCACAAUGACUGACAUAAUGUCAGACCAGUUCAAUCCUACCUUCUUCCACCAGCCUUCCUUCAUUAGCACUGGAUAAACAGUCUGUACAUGCUUGAUGCUGAGCUGCGAACAAACAGUGUGUCUCACGACUGUGUGAAUUGUAUUAUAUGCUAUAGAGAAAUCUCUUCACACUGCAGUUUGUUUCUGUAAUUGCACUGUAUCUAUAUAGUGAUGAAGAAUGAACUGUGGUACAUCAUGAAUUGUAAACGAAGUAUUUCUAAUGCAAGAUAAAAAGGACAAAGACACAGGGCUCUGUUUUUUUGUUUUGUCUCAUAUCUCAAGUUGUCACACUCAUUGCACCUGGAACCUCUGUUAAUUGUAUUCAAUUUUGUAUAUUUAUUUGCAUAAUGAAUAAUAAUUAUGGGAUGACAGAUACUGUGGUGGGAAACUACACCUCUGAAGUUCAUGGGAAAUUUCUAUUUUAGACACUGAAUUCGAAAAAAUCUGAGUGGAUUACAGUUUAUUUUUGUGAGGGUUGCAGAUUUUUUUCUUUUUUGUGGUGUUUUCCUUCUAACUGAUGAAUGUGUAAUGAAUAAAAAAACAUUAAUUGCUGAA